GAGGGUGGCGGAGUCCGGACUUGUGGUGUGGUGCAUGCCUUGCCGGGCGGGCCAGUUGAGUCGUGACCUCUGUAGGGUGUGCCGAGAAGGGCUGCAUCGCGCUCGGCUAACUGGCUUGUCUGGGUGGCUGAUUGGCUGGCUGACUGGCUCCAUCUAGUUACCACCAUCAAGAGAGAUAGUUUCCUUAUCAUCCUUGGUCGCCAGUUUCCCGACGCAAGUGCAGAGGCUACAUGAUGACUUCUUGAAACAUAUCCUUUGCGUAGACGCCGUAGAGGAAGCAACAAGGCGUAUUCCCGCGCACACGGCUCUGUUAUCUGAGUACUGUUUAUGCCACGUUGAGACAGUCAUGUAGGGGCCUAAGGAAGAAGCCUUGAGCGCUGUGCUGUGCUGUGUUGAGCUGUGUCCACACGCCAACACGCCGGAAAGGACAAGUUGAGGUGUAGACGAUGUCGCUUUGGUCAACAUCGGCGAGGGGGGCAGCGCGGCGUCCUGAGGCACCCCGCCCUCGGCCCUCCUGCCUCCUGCUUGUUGUGGGCGUCCUGCUGGCCCUCCCGUCCCUCGCAGCCGCCCAGUACAAGACGGAGAGGGCGCCCUUCAAUGAGUUUCUCAAUUACGGGAAGAAAAUACUCAAGCCCGGAGAUGAAAUAGGAAACGAGAUUAUCAAGUCGAAAGUGGACGUGUUGGGAGAGAUCUUCAAGCAGCACGUGCAUCGCCUCCGUCAGGUCCCCAACCAGCGCAUCGAACUCGUCUUCCUCGUGGACGCCUCGGCUUCGGUGGGCGCGGAGAACUUCUUCAACGAGAUCAAGUUCGUCAAGAAGCUCCUCGCGGACUUCGCCGUCUCCUACAACCAGACGAGGGUGGCCGUCAUCACCUUCUCCAGCAGACACAAGGUCAUCCGCCACAUCGACCAUGUGACUCAAGCCUCAGAGGACAACCACAAGUGUUCGCUGCUGGAGAGGGAGCUGCCCAGGAUCAGGUAUUCAGGGGGCGGCACCUACACCCUCGGGGCCCUGCUGGAGGCACAGAGCAUUAUAGCGCUGGCCAGACCUGAUGCUGUCAAGGCUGUGUUCCUGGUGACGGACGGCUACAGCAAUGGCGGUGACCCCAGACCUGCCGCCGAAUUCUUGCAGGCCCGUGGGGUGCGAAUUUUCACCUUUGGCAUCCGCAAUGGGAACGUCAAGGAGCUGUAUGACAUGGCCUCAGUCCCCAAGGAGGAACACUCAUACAUUCUUGAUUCCUUUGAGGAGUUUGAAGCCUUGGCCAGGAGGGCACUGCAUGAAGAUCUGCACAGUGGUGUGUACAUGUCCCAGGACAGAAGAGCCUGCUUCAAGCUGUGCAAGGGUGGGGAGGCAGGCGGCUGCUGCGACACUUAUGCCGCCUGCACCUGCGGGACACACACCGGCCAGUUUGCCUGCACCUGUCAGGAGGGUUACUACGGGAAUGGUCUGCGCGGCAACUGCAGGCCAUGUCCAGCUGGUACAUACAAGGAUGUGCAGGGGCCAGGAGAUGUGUCAUCCUGCAUCCCAUGUCCUGACACACACAUGCUGAGUGCCAUGGGCUCAACCUCGCUUCACCAAUGCUACUGCAAACGUGGCUAUACUCAGAUUGGGAUGAAGUGCACCAGGAUGCAAUGCCCACAUCUCACACCUCCUGAGAAUGGCUACUUUGUGCGCAACACCUGCAGCAAUGUGGUGAAUGCAGCGUGUGGCAUCCGCUGUAACCCCGGCUACACCCUGCAGGGCUCCUCCAUCAGGCUGUGUGGCGAGGACGGGACCUGGAGUGGUGGAGACGCCCAGUGUGUCAUGAAAUCUUGCCAGGAGCUCCACGCCCCAGCCAACGGGAUCCUGAAGUGUUCCCAAGAGCGGACGACCAUCGACACCGAGUGCACCUUCACCUGUGACCCGGGCUUCCAGCUGGUGGGUUCCAGGGUGAGGACAUGCCUGCCCGUAGCCAUGUGGGACGGCAUUCCAGCCUACUGCAAACCCAUCUUCUGUCCCAGCCUGCCACCCAUCCACCAUGGCAGAGUCAGCCCGGCCACCUGUGCCUCUUCCAAGCCCAAGUACGGACUCAACUGUGAAUUUUUAUGUGACUCGGGUUACCAGCUGAAGGGUCCCAAGAAGACCAGCUGUGUCAGCCUUGGCAUUUGGUCUGCCGGCCUCAAGGCUUCCAGGUGCAUUGAUGUGACCCCUCCCGUCAUCCAGUGUCCUGCCAACCAGACGGUGGCCACAGAGCCCCAUGAGAGCUAUGCCUUGGUGAACUGGGAUGGCCCUUCAGUCACAGACAACUCUGGAGGUCACAUUGGCUUGGCAUCCAUUCCUGUGACCACCCAGCCCAUGAAGCUUGGCAUUGGGAGGCACACCAUCAAGUACCUGGCCAAGGACAAGAUGGGCAACAGAGCCUCAUGCCAGUUCUCCAUCACAGUCCUGGAUGAGGAGCCGCCGCGGGUGGACGAGUGUGAGUCGCCGCCAAUCUUCCUGUCCCAUGAGGAUGACGUGGAUGUGUACUGGGAGGAGCCGAUCUUCUCCGACAACUCUGGCAAGAGGGUGCAGGUGAGCAAGUCGCUAGAGCCCGGGCAGUUCCCUCAGGGCGACACUCUGGUGGAGUACUGGGCCGUGGAUGAGGCGGGCAACUCAGCCACCUGCAACAUCACCAUCACCGUUCAGAGACAUGCUUGCCAGCUGCCUGUGGACCCCAUCAAUGGUGCUGCCAACUGUACCGAGAAUCCUGAUGCCAUUUUCUGCACCCUCACUUGUUAUGAUGGUUAUGCCUUUGCCAUGAGACCACAGCAGGACUACUUCUGUGCCUAUGAUGGUGUCUGGCUCCCUGAUGACAACCCAGUGCCCUUCCCAGACUGCUCAGUGACUUCAAUAUCAAACAGCAUUGCCCAGGAAGGUGAACUGGCCCUGGAGGAUGACGGCUCAGUGUGCGAUGACAUCUUCCUCAUGGGGCAGGUGGAGAACCAGCUGGAGAAGAAGUUGGAGGAAGCUCUCAACACAAAGUGCAACGAGGAUGUGGUUUGUGAGGUGGCUGCUGUGGAAGCCGUGUGUGAGGAGAUCUUGGCUGAGGCAGAGGAGGAAUUCAACACCAUUGGCUUUUAUAGGAGGAAAAGAUCUAUUGCUGGGGCGUCUCUAAUCCCAUCUUGGCCUGGUGGUAGUCAGGACCCUCUCGAGGCUGGGUGGAGGUACUGGUUCAGGGGCUCUGACACUCACCUCAAAAGGAUCAGGAGAGAGACUCUGGAUCUAAGUAGCCUUGGGGACAUGGAUGACCUGACGAGGCACAAGCGACAGUUUGGGUUUUCACUGGACCACCUUCUCCUUGGUGAGGGUCAGGCUACCACCACCACAGCUGCAACUCCAGUGACACAGCAGACAGACAGCAACAAGAUUGGCGCCCUCAUUGAUCUCAUAUCCCGGUCAAUGGCUUCUGAUGUUGGUGCCGUGCAUUUCACCACCUUCCUCGCCAACCUGCGGGCACGAGAUGGUGACUUCUCCUCUGAAGACUUCAUGACAGCAUUCUCUGAAGAGUUUGGAGAGGAUAAACUUACUGCCUUGAGGGAGCUAGCUGGAGGGAAGCUGGGAUUAAUUGGCUUCUCUGCAAAUCAUUCCACUUUCUCUUCCUCUUCCUUCUCUUCCUCUUCCAUCUCGUCCUCCUCCUCCUCUUCCUCUUUCUCAAGCAGCCACAGUGUUGAGUCUGGAUCCCAUGAUGGCUCAGAGCAACGUCCAACAAUCACCAAAAAGACCUUCAAAGUGCAGUUCAAAGUAGAAGGCCACGGAUCAGGAGCCACAGACCAGCUGCAGGAUGCCUUGGGGGAGCUGCUGCAGGCGGCUGAGUCAGGCCAGCUUGAUAUUGACUAUGGAGAGCAACAGUUGCGUGUGGCCGCCAUCCGCCUGAGAGAGGACAUGGAGUACAUCUGUGAGGCCGGCAGCAUCUCAAGAGAUGGCAAGUGUGUGAAGUGUCCUGUGGGAACCUUCUUCAAUGUGAUCCUGCGGGAGUGCCAGCCAUGUCCCCAGGGUUCCUUCCAGCCAGAAGAGGGUCAAGUGUCCUGUCUUGUGUGUCCUGCCAACACCUCCACCAAGGCUGGAAGUGCCAAGAGUGACGCUGACUGCAAAGCCCAGUGCCUACCAGGAACAUUCUCCAAGGAUGGUCUUGAGCCGUGCACCACCUGUGAGCAAGGCCAGUACCAGGAUGAGUACGCCUCCCUCACCUGUGCCAGCUGUCCUCACGGCACCACCUCUUGGCGCCGCGGCACCUGGGUCAUCGAUGAGUGCCGCCCCAUGUGUCUUGCUGGCCAGGUGUCUGAAACUGGACUAGAACCUUGUUACCACUGCCCUCCAGGACACUUCCAAGACCAAGAGGGACAAAAAGAAUGCCUCAGGUGUCCUGGCGAGGGAUCCACUCCAGGCAGAGGAACUGCCUCCAUGUAUGAUUGUGAGGGAGUGUCCUCAAACAGCCAGGCAGCCUACAACACCCUGGAGGCUGUGCCAAUCAAUGACUGCUUCAGUGAGCCCUGCCACAAUCAGGCCACCUGUGUCUCCAUGGCCUCAGGUUACGUGUGUGAGUGUGCCCCAGGCUACUCAGGCCAGCAGUGUGAGAUGGAGGUCAAUGAGUGUGAGAGUGAGCCAUGCUUUAACAAUGGCACCUGCACUGACCAGCUCAACAGCUUUAACUGCAGCUGUCCACUGGGCUUCUCAGGAGUUCAGUGUGAGGUGAACAUCAAUGAGUGUGACCCUGACCCCUGCCAAAACGGUGCUACAUGUAUUGACCUCAUAGAUGCCUUCAAGUGUGUUUGUGUGUCAGGCUACACAGGUGAGGUGUGUGAUAUAGACAUUGAUGAGUGUGCAGCAAAUCCCUGUGCUGAGGGGGCCACCUGUCAGGACCUGCACAACGACUUCACCUGCGUCUGUCCACCGGGAGACACUGGCCGGUUCUGUGAGACUCACAUCAAUGAGUGUGAGUCAUCACCUUGCCUCCAUGGCCUGUGCCUUGAUCAGGUCAAUGAAUUCAAGUGUGUGUGUGAGCCAGGCUACACCGGGACCACCUGUGAGGAGAAUGUAGACGAGUGUGCCUCACAGCCCUGCCAAAACGGUGCCACAUGUAUUGAUGGGCUCAGUGAAUUCUCCUGCACCUGCCCACCUGGAUACUCUGGCCCAUACUGUGAGAAUGAAAUGCCAACUGACUUCCUUCUGGAGUUCCCCUCAUCUGGCAUCCUUGAUUAUGCAUCUCUGGAGGGUUUCUCACAAACCUUGGACAGUGUCUCCCUGUGUCUGUGGAUGAAGACUGAUGAUGUCAACAAUUACGGCACACCCUUCAGCUACGCCACCGACACACACGACAAUGCUCUCACCCUCACAGAUUACAGCGGGUUUGUGGUUUAUGUGAAUGGAGAGAAGCAAGUAACUGAUGUACGAACGAAUGACGGCCUGUGGCACUUGGUGUGUGUUACCUGGGCCUCAGUGGAUGGUGCCUGGGCCAUAUACCUUGAUGGCCUCCAGAAGGACAGUGGCACUGGCCUGGCAAAUGGCACUACCAUUGAGGGCCAUGGCAUGCUGGUGGUGGGGCAGGAGCAGGACCAUCGGGGUGGAGGGUACAGUCCCCAGGAGAGCUUUGUGGGCCAGGUGACGCUGGUCAAUGUGUGGGCUGAACUGCUCCCUCCUGACCAGAUCUUCCGCACCUUCACCCGCUGUGACCGAUAUAUUGGGUCGCUGGUUGGGUGGCCAGACUUCCAAUGGGGCAUCAAGGGCCAGGUCGUGGCUCAAGUGUCUUCCUUCUGCCGUGGGUGUGGGGUGCCUCGAGUGCCUGAGGAUGGCACUGUGAAUGGACCAGGGACAGAGGCUGGAAACAUCAUCACAAUCACCUGCAAUGAAGGCUUCAAACAGUACCGUGGCAGCAGCGAGCGAACCUGCCUGGUGUACGGCAGCUGGUCAGGGGAGGAACCAGAGUGCAGGCGUGUGUCGUGCGGCUUCCCAGGACACUUGGUCAAUGGGUAUGUUGAGGGUCGGAGCUACAGUUAUGGCGACACCAUCAUGUUCACCUGUAACCCCGGCUUUAAGCUUAUAGGCGAGGAACAGAGUGUUUGUCAAGCAGAUGGAAAGUGGAGCAACAAGAUUCCCAAAUGUGAUGUGAUCAGGUGUCCCAACCUGAGCACAGGGCCACACACACAGGUCACCACCAGGCUGGCAGACUACAUGCCAACUAAUGAGAUCAGGUUCCAGUGUGAGGAGGGCUACCAGAUGGAUGGACCCGCUUCUCUGACCUGUGGUGGGGAUGGUGAGUGGGACGGCGACACCCCUCAGUGCCAGUCCAGUACCUGUGGGGAGCUGCCCAGCAUAUCCAAUGGGUUCGUUGAGGGAGGUUCCCUUGUGCGGCCCGGGGAGCAGGUGGUGCUAAAGUGUGAGGUGGGCUACAAGCUGAGAGGUGAGCCACUAAUUACUUGCCAAGAGGACUUCACCUGGUCCCGCCCGCUGCCUCGGUGUACCAAGCCAAAGUGCCCCAAGCCACCAGCCGUAGAGAAUGGGGUUGUGAAGGUUCGUGCCUCAUUGACCGCUGAUGGGAGGACUAGUCAGGCAGCCGUGUACAAAUGUGACCGAGGCUAUGUGUUGGUGGGGGCCAAGAGCCUCAUGUGUGGUGAGGAUGAGCAGUGGGAAGGUUCAUGGUCUUUGUGCUUGCCUCCACCUUGCCCAGCCCCAGAAGUGCCUCCUCAUGCUUCAUUGGGAGAGAGGGACGUGUGGCGUGUUGGAGAUGUGGCUGAAUACCAGUGUGAGAAAGGCUUCAAGGUCUAUGGUAAUCCCUCUCGUGCCUGCAUCAGCAAUGGAGUUGAUGGGGAAUGGGAAGGAAGUGUCCCAGAGUGUCGGGUCGUCAAGUGCCCUGGAGCAGCCAAGCCUCGGAACGGGGUUGUGUACGUGGUCUACCGUCCCCCCCCAACAUCCAUUGUCUUCCCUCAGUCGCAUACCUUCCCCCUACUUGAAGUUGACUCAGAGGUUGUUGUACCAAGAAAUAAGAGGGAGGCCAGGCCUUUAGACUUCCCAAGUAUUGGCUAUGAAGAUUUUAGUGAUCCAUUUGACAGUGAGUUUUCACAGUCAGCUGGCCCUGAGGUUGAUUACUAUGGUCAGUCUCAUGGUGAUUAUUUUGAGCAGUCUCCAGGUGAUGGAUCAGAAAUAUUUGGUCAGUCCUCAAAUGGAUUUGACGAGUUUGGUCAGUCCUCAAAUGGAUUUGACGAGUUUGGUCAGUCCUCAAAUGGAAGUGAAAUAUUUGGUCAGUCCUCAAAUGGCUUUGAUGAUUUUAGUCAGUCCUCAAAUGGCUUUGAUGAUUUUAGUCAGUCAUCUAAUGGUUUUGAUGACUUUAGUCAGACAUCUAAUGGUUUUGAUGACUUUGGACAAGGCCAGGUGGUUGAGGUUCUAGAGGACAACCUCUAUGAUGUCGUGGUUGAAUAUGACUGUCAGCCUGGCCAUAAGCUCAUUGGUGCCCACCGUCGCCGCUGCACUGAGACAGGCGAGUGGGAUGCCCCAGCACCAAUCUGUUAUGAGGAUUACUGCUCUACGCUGCCUGCAGUACCCAACAGUCAUAUAGUUUACACUGGCUCAGGAAUAAACAGUCGAGCUGAGUAUGUGUGUAACGAAGGCUAUACCCUUGUGGAUGGUGAUUUUGAACUUUUGUGCCAAGCUAACAAGGCAUGGCUAGGAGUUGUGCCAUCCUGCCAGAUAGUAAACUGUGGCCAGCCUCCAGAUGUUGGCAAUGGGACUGUGGAGGUAACAGAAACAACGUAUGGCUCCUUGGCAACAUACGAUUGCUUCUUUGGCUUUGUGCUUGAGGGGAGUGCUGAGCGACGCUGCAGUGCUGAUGGCUUGUGGGAUGGGAUUCAUCCACGAUGUGUAGCAGUGACGUGUACUGUGCCACCACUCAUUGUCAAUGGAUACAUAGCUUAUGAGGGAAACAUGUACGUUAACUCUCAGAUUGAAUACGAGUGUCAGGAAUGCUACAAGCUAAAUGGCACUCAAUAUAGAACUUGCACUGUUGAUGGCACCUGGACCUUAGAGGAGCCUGCUUGCAACCUUAUCUACUGUGACCCCUUGCCAAACAGCAUACCUAAUGGCCGUGUGAUUGGCAGUGACAACUCCUGUGGCUCCCUGGUGGAGUACGAAUGUUCUGCAGGGUAUGAACUGCGUGGCAGCCAAAAGGCGACUUGUUUGGAUAAUGAGAAAUGGAGCUCCCCAACCCCAACUUGUGAGAGGGUGAGCUGUGGGGCACCUCCCCCCCUGUAUGGUGGCAGACCUGUUGGGGUGUCAUUCCUCUUUACCGACAAAAUCACCUACGAGUGUGACGAGGGACAUGUAUUAAGAGGAGGGAGCGUCCGAGUCUGUCAGGAUAAUGCCACCUGGUCAGGCUCAGCCCCACGCUGUGACAUCGUUAACUGUACCACUUUGGAGUCACCAGCAAACGGAGUGGUUACCAUGACUGGACGAUCCUUUGGAUCAUAUGCUAAUGUGCUGUGCAAUCCUGGCUUCCGUGCUGUAAGAGAGACAACAUUCAUGUGUGGUGCAACAGGACACUGGGACAAGGAACUGCCACAGUGUGUCCAGAUAAUGUGUCCUCCUGCAUCCAGACCUCCAUAUGCUACGUACAACUCCAGUGAGUCACACUUUGCUGCAUUCACAACAUUGCAUUACGAGUGUGAGGAGGGCUACACUGCUUCCUCCCAGACUACAUACUUGACUUGCAGUAGCAUUGGAGAGUGGGUUGGAGGGGUUAUAGAGUGUCAACCAGUCAGUUGUGGGGACCCUGGUACCCUGCCUCAUGGGUACAUCAAUGGUACCAACUUCACCUUUGGUAACCAGGUCCAUUUCUCAUGCUGGGAUGGUUACAAGCUCCUAGGGGCACCUACAGCUAAGUGCCUUGCAGAUGGAAGUUGGAGCAACUAUGUCACUUCAUGUCUCAAGAUAACAUGUCCAGAACCAGAUCAGAUCAUGUUUGGAAGUCUGGUUGCAGAUAGCCAGGACAUUUCAUAUGGUACUUCCCUGACAUACCAGUGUGAUGCAGGCUACAUCUUACAAGGCCACUCUAACCUUAAAUGUGGUGCUGAUGGGCAGUGGAUGGGAGCCUCCCCAACCUGCCAGCCAGUCACCUGCCCUGAGCCUCCAGAGCCCUUGAAUUCAAUGAGGACAGGAGACACAUAUGAGUACAGCCACAAUGUAACAUACACCUGCUAUGAGGGCUACUACUUGGUUGGAGAAGGCACUCAGGAGUGCCAGGCUGAUGGGACCUGGUCCAGCCAGACUCCCAUCUGUGAAGUGAUUACCUGUCCAGAAAUACCUGAUAUUCCUCAUGGUAACUGGACCAGGAAGAGCUUUACUGAAUUCCUAUUCAAGACUGAGCCAUUGACACAAGCAGUGGUAGGUAAAGCAGCACACAAAGUUAAAAAAGGACAUGGAAGGAGAAGGGAACUUUCCCGCAUCCAAACCCUCUUGCCAAGUCAAGUUGAAGAGGGGCUGAUAUUUGAGUAUGGCGAAGAAGUGGAGUUCAGAUGUGACAAUGGCUACUCCAUGGCUUCCAGUGGACUACUGAGGUGUACAGAAGAUGGGUGGAGUGACUCCAUUCCUCAGUGCCACCCAAUAUCCUGUCCCAUUCCCAUCAAUAUUCGCCAAGGGACCAUCACCGGCGAUGACUUUUCUUUUGGAGCAACCAUCAAUUAUGAGUGUAAUGAAGGCUACGAACUCUUUGGGGUGGCUUCUCGCACCUGUCAGGAGAGCAAGGAGUGGACAGACAUUGAGCCGUACUGCAGGAUUAUAGAAUGUCCAAGACCUGCGCCUCUGGUCAACGGACAGAUGGUUGGUGAGAGUGUCAAGUACCAGUCAGUCCUGAGCUACAUGUGUGACCCGGGCUUCAGGCUGGAGGGAGUGCACAGCAGGACGUGCCAGAGUAAUGGGUACUGGACAGACGAGCAGCCCAUGUGUGUGGAGCUGUUUUGUGACAUGCCUGCAGAGGUACCCCAUGGCAUCAGAGACAUAGGCUCCCUGAAGGUUGGGGGCACUGUGCGGUACUCAUGUGUUGAGGGCUACCGCAUGGAAGGAGCAGCUGUCCUUAACUGUGUGCAAGAGAGACAUUGGGACACCUCACCACCUCGUUGCGUUCAGAUUGACUGUGGUCCACCACCCUCAGGAGACAACGUGGUGGUGGAGGGCAACAGCACCACUUAUGGAUCCCAGGUGACCUUCCAGUGUGAGCGAGGAUACCAUCUAGAUGGGCCUGAAUGGAGCACCUGUGUACAGUCUGGGCAGUGGACUGCACGAGCACCUCUGUGUGAGCUCACCCUGUGCUCCGACCCUGCCUCUCCCCAACAUGGAUACAUAGUGCAGAAAGAAGAGACCAUUGUGGAAGAGGAGGAUGAGAAUGAAGUGCAAGAUGAAGUAGAGGUCUUUGAGUUCCUUCCACAAACUCAAAAGUUGAAGAAGAGCAAGAAAAAGGGGAAAAAGGGCAAAAAAGGCCACAAGAAGAACAGGGAAGUGUUGAGUCGAGUGGUUGAAAAAAUUUAUCGAGUAGAUGAUGAGGUCACGUGGGCCUGUGAUGAGGGGUAUGAAGCCAGAGGUUCGACCAAGGCUGCAUGUACUGAGUCGGGAACAUGGUCAAACGAGCCUGUACGCUGCCGAAGAGUGUCCUGCAGCCCUCCCAGCUACCCUGACAAUGCAAUUGUUGAUGUCACAGAGUUUCUCUAUGGAAGCACUGCCAACUACUCAUGUCGUGAGGGUUAUGCCAUGGAAGGAACAGGUGUGUUGAGGUGUGAGGCUGACGGUUCCUGGAGCUCUGAGCCACCCACCUGCCGUCCAGUGGAGUGUGGGCCGCCCUCUGUCCUGCCCUUUAGCAUCACACACUUUGUGGUGGCAGAGCAUGGAGUGAAGUACGGCUAUGCCUCUACCGUCUCAUAUUCAUGUGUGGAAGGUUAUGAGCUUCAAGGAGGUGAGUAUCGGGUGUGUGAGGCUGAUGGGACGUGGCAUGGAGACUCCUAUACCUGUGUGGAGUCACUGUGUAGUGAGCCUCCUCCCUUGCUGAACGGUGAGGCACUCAUUGACAAGACCGUGCGACCCCAGAGAGCCACCUUCUCCUGCAACCAUGGCUACAGCUUGACUGGAGAUGAGAUGGUCACCUGCAGUUUAGGUCACUGGCUGGACUACAACACUACCUGUGAUCCAGUCAACUGCUUUGAGCCAGCAGUGCCAGCCUACGGGAAAAUAACAGCCAAACACUUCAGUCUGGGCAGCAUCGCCAACUACUCCUGCAUGUACGGCUACAUGCUGGUGGGCAACCCGUCAGUGGAGUGUGAUGUGGAUGCCACCUGGAAGGGCGACAUCCCUGUGUGUCUGCCAGUUGACUGUGGCUCCCUUGAGGCACCUACAAAUGGGAAGCUGGAGAGCCAUUACACUGUGCUGCACUCAAGGGCACGAUACAGCUGUGAUCCUGGAUACCAACUCUUUGGGGAAAAAGUCAGAACCUGUACAACAAAUGCCACAUGGAGUGGGAAUGAUCCUCAGUGUUUCAGGAAGGACUGUGGGGAAAUGAAGGCUCCCAAGUAUGGGUUUGCCAUGGGUGUUGGGACCCAGUAUGGAGACCAGGUCAAGUUCAGGUGUGAGGAGGGAUAUAUACUGCAUGGAGAGCCCCACAUCACAUGCCAAGCCUCUGGAGAGUGGUCGUCCAUCACUCCAACCUGCCAGGCUGUUAAGUGUGGCCCACCCCCCUCACCACCCAAGACAGCCAGCCUGCCCCCUGCCCUCACCUCCAACAGGGUGUAUCAAGACCAGGUUUACUACACCUGCCAAGAUGGGUUCAUCAUGCGUGGUGACCUGAGUUCAGUGUGCCUGGAAACUGGCCAGUGGUCCAGUGUCAGGGGACAGUGCUCAAGACUGUCAUGUGGACGGCCAAGAGUCAACACAAAUGGUGCAGUGAUUAUCGGAAGGUCAUUUUACUACAAGGACAGAGUGAGGUACCGCUGUCCACCCGGCACAAUCACCAACGGGUCAUCAGUACUGACCUGCCUGAGUGACGGGUCAUGGUCAGGACUGCCAGACUGUGUAUCCAACUGUGGCCGCCGCUGCCUGCAUGGGGGUGUCUGCCUGACCAACCAUGUGUGUUCUUGUCCUCCAGGCUAUGUUGGGGACCAUUGCCAGCACGCUCUCUGUACCCCCUCGUGUCUGAAUGGCGGCACCUGCGUUGCGCCGUACAAGUGCAGCUGCCAAGAAGGCUACACUGGCACUCGUUGCCAGACCCCUCUUUGUCUGCUGCCGUGCCUGCAUGGCGGUGUCUGCACCGGGCCUCAUCGCUGCACCUGCCUCCCGGGGUACUCUGGAUCCCGUUGUCAAACGCCGGUGUGUGAGGGAGGCUGUGGCCAUGGCAGCAGGUGUAUUGGCCCCAAUGUGUGUCACUGUAUCGAUGGACGCAUUGCUGCAUCCUGCACUGAUGAAUAUGAGUAUGACUACAGCUACUAUGGAGGUUAUGACUACGGACUGGAACAGGAGAGCACUGUCCUAGAGGGGCCGGAUGUGGAAGAUGUGAACUACAUCACAGCGGCCUAGCAUGGAUCAUUGUCACUGGCCAGAGACUUGGUCAGAGAGAGAGGAAGGCCUUUAUUUAUUUAUCAGUACUAGAACAGAUAGGCCAAGGGUAAAAUCACAGCCCUUUUAUGCCUGAGUAGUACAAGGAUGCAGAAAUGUUUGAAGUAUUCAGUAUGAUGAGUGAUUACUGAUCAUUUUAUUGGAGAGCUCUAAACCCCAGGUAGCUUUUCAAGAAAUGUGCCUUAUGUGUGCCAUCUUGAAUAGACCUGGAGUUUGUGGCAAGCAUAAGGGAAGAUUGUUUGUGUUAGUCUCAGUUCUAAGACUUCUGUUCCCCACAGCAAGAACAUAGACCUCUCUCUUGUUCGGGGCAUAGCCAAGGUCUUCCAAUUUUGUGAUUAGUGAGGUGAACACGAGCAUUGCAAUAUUCUACAAAAUAAAUUUGAUUCAGGAAAGCAGUCUGAUUGGUAUAUAUAUAUAUAUAUAUAUAUAUAUAUAUAUAUAUAUAUAUAUAUAUAUAUAUAUAUAUAUAUAUAUAUAUAUAUAUAUAUAUAUAUAUAUAUAUAUAUAUAUAUAUAAAUUAAAAUUUGAAAAUGAUUCUUUUAAGAUUUAUGGAACUGUGUAAAUAAAGAUAUCAGCAUUGUUGCUCAUAGUAAAGUUCAUUAUUCAUGAGCUAUGGAAAUAGAAAGAGAAAACUAUAUUUCUUAUUAGAAGCAUUAUAAAGAACAGUAAAAAGACUAUAUGUUAGUACACUCACAAAAGUUUGCUAUUAAUGCUACUAUAGAAGGUCCUUGCUAGCCAAACUGGAGGUUUGUCAAACAUUUUUAAGAAGUUGUAUCUCACAUCAUAAUUUAUUUGUUUGUUUUCUUUGUUUUCAAAUCAUAUGACUAAUUUGUGAAAUGGUGUCCUUUUCAGAAACAUAGAUUGUGUUGAUGAUAAGCAAUAAUAAAAUCUUGUAUAUAGUCUUUACCGUGUAGCAAAACAUGUAUAGUGAAGAGUAAUGGUUAGUUUUACCAGAGAAUAGCUCAGAGAUGUGGUUUUUAUAAUGAACCAGAAUUUAUAAGUACAAAAUGUUGAA